AUGUCAAGUCCCCAGAUACCCUUCUCCUUCCCAGUCCUCCACUUCCUCCUCUUCAUCUUUGUGACCUCAAUAGUCUUCCAUCUUCAACUUCGACUCUCCAAGAUAUCUAAAUCAUGGAAACAACCACCAACCCUUGAGUCUUCAGCCUUUACAAUCUACCACCCUGAUGGCAUCUGGACUGUGAAUUCUAUAGGCCGUCUAGGAAACCAAAUGGGUGAGUAUGCCACCCUCUAUGCUCUGGCAAAACUCAAUGGCCACAGGGCCUACAUAUCACCUGAGAUGCAUCAACAACUUGCUCCCAUAUUCCGUAUCACCCUUCCUGUUCUACCAGCCAGUGUGGCCCAGCAUAUACAUUGGCGGAACUACCCCCUACAUGACUGGAUGUCGGAGGAAUAUCGACAUAUUCAUGGUGAAUAUGUCCAUUUCACGGGUUACCCCUGUUCCUGGACUUUCUACCACCACCUUCGAGAAGAAAUCCGUCGUGAAUUCACCCUGCAUGACUAUGUCCGAAAUGAAGCUCAGGCCUACCUCCACAGGAUACAGAAAAGCCCAGCCACCUUUGUGGGAGUCCAUGUCCGCCGAGGUGACUAUGUCCGUAUCAUGCCCCAGGUCUGGAAGGGGGUGGUAGCACACAAAGGCUACUUGGAUCAAGCAAUGAAUUGGUUCAGAGCCCGUUACAAUGAUACUGUCUUUGUGGUCACCAGCAAUGAUAUGUCAUGGUGCCGGGAGAACAUUGACACCACCAAGGGAGAUGUGGUAUUUGCAGGGGAUGGAGUGGAGAGCUCUCCAGCAAAGGAUUUUGCUCUGUUGACCCAGUGCAACCACACCAUCAUGACCAUUGGCACCUUUGGCAUCUGGGCUGCCUACCUGGUAGGUGGUGAGACGAUCUAUUUGGCCAACUACACCCUUCCAGACUCACCUUUCCUCAAAAUCUUCAAACCUGAAGCAGCUUUCCUGCCUGAAUGGAUAGGGAUCCCAGCUGACCUGUCACCCCUGCUCAAGAACUGAAUACUUUUUCAGGUCCUCACUCUA